GCCAUGGAUCUCAAGGUGGUCUGUGCUCUCGCCAUCACCCUCCUCAUAGCCCUCAGCACCCUGGCAGAGGGAAUUGCACCUCCAACAAAAUGCCAGUGUAAAUUGGUUCCCAGGGAGAGGACAAACUGUGGCUACCCCGGGAUUUCAGCAGUAGAGUGCAAGAAAAUCGGGUGCUGCUUCAACGCUUCAGUCCCCGGCGUCCCCUGGUGCUACAAUCCCAGAGCCAAGAAAGUGAAGAAAGUGUGUCCCAAUGAACCCUACACCAGGAUAAACUGCGGCCACCCCGGCAUCAAGGCCAGGGAGUGCCAAAAGAAGGGCUGCUGCUUCAGGGCACACCCCGCCGGUGUCCCCUGGUGCUUCUACCACCGCGUCAUGGAGGAAGCUUGUUAAAGGAGAAACUUUCAUCGAGAACUUUGCAAUCUUUGGAUCUACUCCAACGGAACGACAGACGGAGGUCCCAACUCAGACUUUUUAUUUUGCAACAGCCACGAUUUCUAGGCUGUUGGGUUUUGUUUUUUUUUUUUAUCUGGGAUUGACUCAUUUCCGAUGAAAACUCACUGGUAGCUUUUAUUGUCUCAGUAGGCUAGCACCACACAAGUUUUCACUGUAAUAAAAGAAA